AUGGUAACAAAGUUUCACAUUGACAAGUCGAUUAGCUGGUGGGUAAUAACACCACCAAAACGAAAGCAUGCCGAAACUUCUAGAUUUAGCAAAGAUUUUCGUGAUUUCAUCGAACAUACAUCGUUGCCAUGUUAUUCGAAAAUGGUUGAUCCUUCUUAUGGAUUUUUAGAAAAAGUUAUCUGGUUUGGUGUUCAUGUCCUGGCAAUAUUCUUAUUAAUUGUGUUCCUCUCUGAUGCAUGGACAGAAUUUGUUUCGCAAUAUUUUGCAACAACUCUCUAUGAUCCAUUGUAUCCAAUUGAAAAAGUACCAUUUCCAGCAGUUUCAAUUUGUUCAAACAAUAGGAUAUCCCGACAAGCCGCCGAAAAUUAUGCAAUUGAAUUAAGUCAAAUUGAUCCUGAUAGAAGAAACAAAACAUAUUUUAUGGAACACAUUGCAUUUUUGGGUUUACUUUAUAACAAAGAUUUUACAAUGACAGAGUUGCCAGAUGUCUAUGAGUUCCAACAGUUUCUGGAUAUAUACGAUACUGGAGAUGAUGAAAAGUAUUUCAACACUUUGAAAAAGAUUGCAAGACUCACACCUCCUUGCGGAGAACUCCUGAUCAAAUGCUUUCUUGGGGGUAAAGCUGUGAAAUGUUUCUCUAAUCGUACAUUCCAAACAACUCUUACUAGCUAUGGAUAUUGUUGUACCUUCAAUUAUAACGACAUAUAUCACACCCGUAAGCAAAAACAUCGUUUCUCACAUGCUGAAUUGGGUCUGACUGUUGUUCUUAAUACUAGCUCCAAGGACAUGCAUUAUCCUUUGCUACGAUUCGAUGGGACAUUGGUUAUAGUUCAUUCGGCUCAUAAAUAUCCGGAUAUUUCUUCAGGUGGUUCUUCAGAGAAUUUCAUCACAAAUGGAAAAGAUAACUUCCUGGCAAUUACACCUUAUGUCGUUGACAGUGUUGAAGCUGUUAGGCAGUUUAAUCCAAAGACCAGAAAUUGCUAUUUCCAUGAUGAAAGUCCGGACGGCUAUUUAUUGGGACGCCUUCAAUAUAGCUUUAAUAAUUGUGUUACUCGGUGUCGUAUACAAAGCAUCCUUGUACUAUGCAACUGUCUGCCAUUCAGUAUGCCCUCGGGGCUAACACCAAAUGGAACAAGAACUGUAUACUGUACCCUAAGACAUCUUGACUGCUUGCGGAGAUAUAGCUUUAAAUGGAAAAGUAUCCUUACACAUAAAAUCUUCAUUCCUGGGCUGGAACGAGAAGCUGAAGAUGCACUGUAUUGUCCCCAUUGCUUGCCGUCUUGUGAUGACAUCCAAUAUUCAGGUGCCUUAAGUAUUGAACCAAUAGAUUCUUAUAUUAUCUCCCUUUUUCUCUUUCCAUUCUAUAGGUCACAAGAUGAAAAUGAUAUCACUGUGUUAAGGGUGUACUUUGCUGAACAAUAUAUUAAAUUCUACCGAAAGAUUGUAACGAAUUCAUGGUUCGAGGCAUUUAGUACUAUUGGGAAUUAUUGCGGCAUUAUCAUUGGAUUUUCUUUGAUUAUCUUUUGUGAGGUGGUUUAUUUUAUAGGACAACAAAUAAUGUUGGUAAUGAGACGUGGAUUACGGAAGGAGCGAAGGAAUUUAAUAAUUUACCCAUAA